ACAGCCGUUACGCGCACGGCGUUGAUGUUUACCACGUGGCUCGAUCCCUCAACGUCAGUCCCCCCCCUCUUUCUUCACAGAACAGACUGUGGCCUCAUCCUGCGGUUCGUAUUCAUCGUCUUCAGAAGAUCAUGGACGGGCUGAAUAUCAGUUAAAACUAAAGCAGUAGGUUCAAUUACACAGCAUAAAGUAGGUAAUCUACGAGGACCAAUCUUAGAUUCUCACAGCCCAACGAUUUCAUUGUUGGAAAGUUGAAAAGACUACAUAUAUAUAUAUGUAUAGCAUAUCAGAAGAUGUGAUUUUGUUGCCUUUUUCUUCGCAACAAAUAGUUUCUCUCGCUUUGCAAACAUGGUGGUCGGUUAGUUUCUUUUCUUUUUGGAUUCAAUAAAACUGCAGGCUUCAGUUUCACGCUUGCAAAGUUGCAAACUCAUCUCCCUCCCUCCCUCCCACCCUCAUUCUCUGACUAGCUCAACUGAAUUGGAGUUUGAGGCACUUUAGUGGGUUUCCCAGUUCUGUACUCUUGAGCUUUUUGUGUGGAAAUGUCGGAAGUGGGAGGAUCGUAUACUAGGCGGGACGACCUGGCGGGUCUUGAGGAGGAGUCGGGGAUACGAUACGCCGGGGAACCAAUCGGAAUCUCGACGCCCUCGUUUGCAACGACGAGCUCCGAAUACGUAUCGGGUGACUCGCGGACCCGUGAAUCGGAGAGCCUCAAGGAUCAGGCCAAGGGAUUCAUGAUGGCUUGGGGCGAAAUACUCCUGGAGUUUGGUCGAGGCUGCAGGGACAUUGCGCAGCAGAGCCUUCUGACCGAGGAUUCGUAUCUCGUUCGAAAGCUUCGGAGGCCGUACUCUAAGGUUUCGGGUAAAUUGAAGCACCUGAAUGAGUUUUUACCUGAGGAUCGCGAUCCGGCUCAUGUGUGGUCCGUUAUGUUCUUCGUUUUCAUUCUUGCACUUGCAGAAACCUCCAGUAGUGUCAUAGUAAUCGCCAUUCAUGAAGCUAUGAACGUAAAUACCAAUCAUGACAGGGUUCCACCAGUAAAGAAAGUGCGGAUACAUCCUCCCACUGCAAGCCGUAUACUGCUUCCAGAUGGUAGACAUAUGGCUUAUCGUGAGCAAGGUGUUCCAGCUGAUAGAGCAAGAUUUUCCCUUAUUGCUCCACAUCCUUUUCUUUCCUCACGACUUGCAGGUAUACCGGGUGUUAAAAUGUCAUUGCUUGAAGAGUAUGGUAUUCGAUUGGUCACAUAUGAUCUUCCUGGUUUUGGGGAGAGUGAUCCUCAUCUCGGUCGGACUCUUAACUCAUCAGCAUUUGAUAUAUUGCACCUGGCUGAUGCGGUUGGUAUCUGUGACAAAUUCUGGAUGCUGGGCUACUCAAGUGGAGCGAUGCAUGCUUGGGCUGCCCUCAGAUACAUUCCUAAGAGGAUUGCAGGCGCAGCCAUGUUGGCCCCAAUGAUUAAUCCAUAUGAGCGGGGCAUGAAUAAAGAAGAGAUUAAAAUGAUUUGGGAAACCUGGGUGCCAAGCAGAAAGUUAUUUUACUUCUUAGCUCGUAGAUUCCCAAAGUUACUCUCCUAUUUCUAUUGGCGAAGCUUCCUAUCUGGAAAGCAUGAUCGAAUUGAGAACAGGUUGCAUCUGUCGCUGGGAAAAAGAGAUCAAAUGCUGGUUGAAGAGCCAAUAUUUGAAGAGUAUUGGCAUAGGGAUGUGGAAGAGUCUAUCCGCCAGGGCAAUCCAAAACCAUUCAUCCAGGAAGCCGUGCUUCAGGUAUCAGAUUGGGGUUUUAGCUCAGCAGAUCUUCAGGUGCAGAGGAAGUGUCAGAGAAGAGGCUUUCUUUCUUGGCUGAGGUCAUUGUACAGCCAGGCAGAAUGUGAAUUGGCAGGAUUCCCAGGCCCAAUACACAUAUGGCAGGGAAUGGAUGAUCAAGUAGUCCCACCACCAGUGACUGAUUAUAUAGUCCGAGGUCUACCAGAGGCCAUUGUGCAUAAGCUCCCAAACGAAGGCCAUUUCUCUUAUUUCUUUUUCUGUGAUGAAUGCCACAGGCAGAUAUUUUCCACACUUUUUGGUGUACCCCAAGGUUCACUUGACAGUUGAAAUGGAUUGAACUCCAUUGGAAGGAGAGAGAAGUGCUGCAGAUUCAACCACAAAAUGAUUAUUGCUGAUGAUAAAUUAUGACCAAAAUGUUAGAUUUUACAUGAAAUUCGGAUAAAAUACAAGUUGCUCCUAUGCUUUCUUUCGGAGCAUGAAAGAGGGUUUAAUUACUGUCCUUUUCAUAAUUUUUAAUGAUAAGAAAUUCCAUUCAUAGAGUUGAAAAGCAAAGAGGCUGCAAUUUUACUGCGAUUCUGUGAUUUUCUGCUCUAAGGCUGCGUUUCAAUUGUUGAGCUAGCUGAGCUUAUUUUUUUAUGAAUAAUAGUGAGUUAAGAUAGUGAAAUGAGUUAUGUGAA